UCCGGGCGGAGCGCUGAGUGCGCGCACCGCGCCCCGCAGCAGCGCCAUGGCCCCCGGCGGCAAGGUGGCAACAGUGCUGUGCCUGGAUGUGGGCUGUACAAUGAGCAAUUCUUCCCCUGGUGAAGAGUCCUCACUUGAGCAAGCCAAGAAGAUUAUGACAAAGUUUGUGCAACGACAGGUUUUCUCUGAGAGUAAAGAUGAGGUCGCUGUAGUUUUGUUUGGCACUAAUGGUACUAGGAAUGGCCUUGCCAGUGGGGACCAAUACCAAAACAUUACUGUACAUAGGUCACUAAUGCUGCCAGAUUUUGAUCUGCUGGAAGACAUUCAAGAUGUGAUUAAAGGAGGCUCUGAACAAGCAGACUUUCUGGAUGCAAUUAUUGUGUGUAUGGACUUGCUUCAGAAGGAAACAAUAGGAAAGAAAUAUGAGAAGAGACACAUUGAACUAUUUACAGACCUUAGUAGUCCUGUCAGUGAGGAUCAGCUGGAUAUUAUCAUUGCUAACUUGAAGAAAACAGGAACUUCACUUCAGUUCUUUCUGCCAUUUCAAGUGGUUAUUGAUGAUGGAAGUGGAGAUAAAAUGGCCAGUGUACAUUCCCAUAUGCACAGAAACUCAUUUCCAAUAAAGGGUUUAACUGAACAACAGAAACAAGGUAUUGAUGUGGUGAGGAAACUCAUGCAUACUUUGGAUGAAGAAGGAGGGCUGGAAGAAAUUUAUACUUUCAGCGAGAGUCUGGAACGUCUUUCAAUGUUUAAGAAAAUAGAAAGAAGGCCUAUGCCUUGGCCCUGCCAGCUCACUAUUGGUUCUAAUCUGUCCAUAAGGAUUGUGGCCUACAAAGCAGUCACAGAAGAGAAGGUGAAAAAAAUUUGGACAGUUGUGGAUGCUAAAACCCUUAGAAGAGAGGAUGUGCAGAAAGAAACUGUUUACUGCUUGAACGAUGACGAUGAGACAGAGGUUCCAAAAGAUGAUACUAUUCAAGGUUUUCGGUAUGGGAGUGAUAUAGUUCCUUUUUCCAAGGAAGAUGAAGAGCAAAUGAAAUACAAAACAGAAGGGAAAUGUUUUUCUGUUUUGGGAUUCACUAGAUCCUCUCAGAUCCAGAGGCAUUACUACAUGGGCAACCAGGUUCUGAAGGUCUUUGCAGCGAAAGAUGAUGAGAAUGCAGCAGUUGCUUUUUCUGCCCUUGUUCGUGCACUGGAUGAGUUGAAAGUGGUAGCUAUCGUGCGGUACGCUUAUGACAGAAGGAGCAACCCGCAAAUUGGAGUAGCUUUUCCAUAUAUCAAAGAGGCAUAUGAGUGUCUCAUCUAUGUGCAACUACCCUACAUGGAAGACCUAAGACAGUACAUAUUUUCAUCCUUGAAAAACAAUAAAAAAUGCAUUCCUACAGCGGAUCAGUUGUCUGCUGUUGACUCAUUGAUUGAUUCAAUGAAUUUGGUUUAUGAAGAUGGAGAAACUUUUGAGGACCUGUUUAAGCCCAGCAAAAUCCCAAACCCUCACUUUCAGAGGUUAUAUCAGUGUUUGCAGCAUAAGGCUUUUCACCCUGACAAGCCAUUGCCACCAAUAGAGCAACACCUUUUAGAGAUGCUGGAGAUGCCCUCUGUGGUAAAAGAAAGGUGUCAGGCUCCUCUGGAAAGAGUGAAAGCACUUUUCCCCCUGAAGGAAGUUGGCAAGAAAAAAGAAGAGAAGACUGCUCAAGACAUCUUCAAAGACAACAGUGAAGAUGAACCCCACCUCAAGAAGCCAAAAACUGAAGACGAGGAAGAGAGCUUUAGCAUCCUAAAACUUGCUGAAGGCAAUAUAACCUCUGUAGGCAGUGUUAACCCAGCAGAAGAUUUCCGAAUUCUUGUGAGGAAGAGAAAUGCUGAUUUCAAAGAUGUGAGUCAGCAGUUGAUAAACCGCAUUGAUCAGUUCCUGGAAAAUAAAGGUUCACAGUACUACAUGAAAGCGAUCGAUUGUAUCAGAGUUUUCAGAGAGGAGGCCAUGAAGCUGUCCAAGGUGCAGUGCUUUAAUGACUUUCUGCAGGCCCUGAAAUCAAAGUUGGAAGAUAAAGCCUUAGCUGAUUUCUGGGAGAUCAUGAUACAAGACAGAAUUUCUUUGAUCACUAAAGAUGAAGCACAGGAAAGUUCGGUGACCGGUGAAGAGGCUGAAAAGUUCUUGGCUCCAAAAGAAAUUAAAAAUGAAACUCUGCCUCCUGCAGAUGAAGGUGGCGAUGUUGAUGAUUUGCUGGACAUGAUGUGACUGGGUGAUACAUGGGAACUAUACAAGCAAAGUUUUGGAAGAGAUCUCCCUGUGAGAUGGGGCACAAAAAAAGAUGCUAAUGAGAAGAUAGUACUUCCAUCUUUAUUCUCUCAAAUGAGAGCAGAAAUCCCAGAAACACUUCUAGUUGGUAUAAAUGUCAUCUGACUUUUCAAAACUAGAACAGAAGACUGAAAUUAUUUGAAGUAUUUUGGAAGUAAUAAUAGCUUUAAGGCAUCUUUUAUUUUUUUUUUUUUUUCCUUUAAAACACUGGAUCUAGCUUGUCCUUGGUAUUGCUUUCAGCUAAACACUACCAAAUUUAAUGAGAAUCUGUUCUGUUGCCUUAAGUUCUUGUUACAUUGCCUGGGAAGGAAGACAGAAAUGUCACAGUGAGGUUACCAGGUCAUACUGAAUCUUUAGUGGAGGUAAUCCCUUAGCAUUAUUGUUACAGAAAGGAGAAAGUUACUAUUUUCGUGCUUUGAAAGAAACCCCAACCAACCAACCCAAAACAAAAACAAAUGAACAAAAAACAAAUAAGAGAGAGGAGGGAAAAAACACCUGUGACAGCUGAUAAUAGUUAACACUGGUAACCAGGAGAGCAAUCCAAAGUAGUCAAAUACUGCUUAGAAAGAGAUACUCAAAUUUGAUUACAGAUGGGAGAGACAGUAAUGACACAUUCAUACAUGCUUGUUUGUUACAACCAGAUUAAUUCCAUUAUAAUAAAUGUGUAAAGAUACUGUGAAAAAUGGUAUUAAGAUCAUAAAAAAAGGACAAAAAAUCAUGACCUGUAAUUACAAAAUGUGGAAUAUCUGCACUUCAUACUGACCAACAGCUUCCCUGUGGGAAACAGCAAUUGCUUUUUGCCUCUACUUCCCUUGACAGCAACCUGCUCUCCCUUCUCUGGCAUCCUGUCCCAGGUGAGUUCAUUGAAAGGGUUUCUCAAAUGCAGAUGGCAGGGAGUAAGUGAUCUUUGUAGACCUUUAUAGCAUUUUAUAUUUCUCAACUGUAAAUAAGAAAUAUUUGAUCAGUGUUUUGAUUGUCUUCUAAGGCCAAUUUAUGGAGUACAGCAUGGACUGGUUUGUUUGGGGGUUUUUUUACACUUCAUUUUUGUUUGUUUGUUUGUUUAAUAAAAAUACUUUUAAAAUUGUU